AUGAUUUUGUCAAAUAUAACAUAUGAUACGGAUCAAAGUAACAGUAAUGAUGCUGUUGUUGACCCGCUGUUUGCAAGACUGCCGAAUGUUGCUAACAUAUACAACUCUGAAAUAUUAGAUUCAACCUUUAACUUGAUCCCGGAAUGGUUUGCAAUUGGCUUUGCGAGCGAUGGAAAUAAUACAGAUGAAAUGAUCGGCGUAAUCAAGAACUAUCUGCACUUAAGAAAAUUUGCGUUACAUUGGCACAUUGUUACGACUUCAGAUGCACAAAAUAGAUUAAAAUCGGUGAUAUCCAGUUGGAAUAUAAGUCCUGUGCAUUUCAGACUGACACUUUACGAUUAUUCACUAUGUCGUCCUUAUACUGAACCUUACGAAGACUGGAUCGUUAUAGCUCGUUUUACGGGAUCUAUAUGCAAAUUAGCAUUGCCGCAUAUAUUGCCGCAUGAUAUACGGUAUGUUAUGGUUGUUGAUACGGAUACAGUACUACUUGAUGGAUCUUUACGCUACUAUGUGGACUGUUUUUAUCAAUACAUACAACAAUUUCAACUAGCUGAGUACGACGAAAGACAAAGCAUUGAUAAACGUGUAUUAGAUAGUAUUCCAGAGAUACCUAUUGCUGUAAACAAGAAAAGCAAAACUAUAUUUGACGUUGAUGAGAUAAGAAAAACCCGGUUUAAUUAUACUAUGCUACCUCCUCGUCCAGUAUUGGCCUUAGCACCUGAUCAUCACCAUGAACAGCCAAUCAUUGCCAUCUGGCCACAUAUGGUUCAAGGAACUUUGAACAGCGGAGUCAUGUUAUUUGACUGUCUAGGCUAUCGCCGGCACAGAAUUUGGGAACAAACACUACAGUAUAAUUACAUUGAAUGGGAUAAACGACAUCGAUCCGAAGCAAAAUGGUCUCACUCAGCCGACCAAAACCUAAUUAACUUACUUAUAUCUGACAAUCUUCAAAACACACCAGUGCCGCUCAGAAGCUACAGCUUGGUUUUACCAUGUUCAUGCAAUUAUUUAUUUCCACCGUGGAUAGAUAAUAACUAUAGAAAAGUAGUUUGUCCUAUUGAGACGAGAAUUAAAUCAAUAUCAGCCCGUCCGUUUCCCAUGUUAAACGAGAUUAUCUACGAUAGAUUAAAAGAAAAAUUAUCCUCAAAAUGGGACACCACUGCACUUUCAAUAAGCGUUGUUGAAGCACGAUCUGCGACUGCUUAUUUAAAGCAAGUCGGCUGGCAACAGAUCGACAGGUUUCAGCAUGAAAAUGUUAAGUCUGUUAUUAAGUUAGGUCCGUUAAUCUAUCUCGCUCACUCCGUUGGUUUUGCUAAAAACAAUGAUGAGCAACUGAAUAAGUUGCGUCGCUUCUAUCUAAGUUUCGAAGACAAACUUCUCACACAGGUGAAUUCGUGGAACUAUAGAAGUGAACAAUGGAAAUAA